CGGCUCUACCUCCAGUCUGCACGCAUUGUCAUCUGCUGAUUCAGUGCCUUAAGCAUCCUCCACGCCACGGGAAAGCUCUGUAACGUUUGUUGGAAUUGUUAAAUAACAGUAACAACAGCCAUGGCCAAAACAGUAACCGCUUACAAAGAGAAGAUGAAGGAGCUUUCUGUCUUCUCUCUCAUCUGCUCCUGCUUCUAUCCAGAGGUUCGCAACAAUCUAGUCUUUGAGUUUGAAGAUAUGGAGGUCAAGCCCAUCAGUAAGCGUGCCUCUGGCCAAGCCUUCGAGGUUAUCCUCAAGCCCCCCUCCCCGACAUCUGACUCAGCCCACAACGUCGGUUCUCUUCCCAAGAAGAGGGAGAUGUCCCUGGAGGACAUUCAGAAGAAGUUGGAAGCUGCUGAAGAUCGAAGAAGAUCUCAGGAGGCUCAGGUGCUGAAGGCCCUGGCAGAGAAACGUGACCACGAGCGCGAUGUCCUGCUGAAGGCCAUGGAGGACAACAGCAACUUCAGCAAGAUGGCUGAGGAGAAGCUGACGCUGAAGAUGGAACAGAUCAAGGAGAAUCGCGAGGCCCACCUUGCUGCUCUCCUGGAGCGCCUGCAGGAGAAGGAGAAACAUGCAGCUGUGGUUCGCCGGAACAAAGAGUUGAGAGAGGAGCUGACAGCGUGAGACCUAGCUCACAAUUCUCCUGCCACAGCAUCCGUAACACACACUCAUACACACUCAUUUAAAUAUGCACAUAGUCAUACACAAAAUCACACAUAGUCACACAUUCACAUACAAAACACACACAAGCACAUGCCACAAGUUAAAUAACACAACCUUGACAGUAUUUCAGUAUCUCAGUAUUACCCAUUCAAGUCAAAUAUCCAAGCAUCCCACUUUAACAGAAUGAAUGACUUUGCUUGAUUUCAUAGAAUAAAAAGAAACACAUGAGUACUGUUUUUAUUACUCAUCUUACUGUCUCCCUAGUCCUCUCUCUCUCCCUCUCCAUCAGUCUAUGAAAUGUCUAAAUAAAACUGCCAUGUUGCCCAUGUAAA